AUGACCGAGCCCGUCUGGGUCCCGCCCGCCGGGCUCCCCUGGCCACACCCUCCGCCUGGAAGCUGCCGGGCCCUGCGCGUCUCCGAGGCUGCCGGCUCGACAGCCCGCUCCGCUAUGUCGCCUGCUGGUCGAUUGUGUCUCCUCACCCUUGUUGGCCUGGUUCUCCCCACCAGAGGACAGAAGUUGGAGAACACAUCCAUUUCUCCGGAACACACACCUGCUACAGACAUUUAUGCCACGACUGAAAUCCAGGAAAAAGACAACCUGGAAAUGGAGCCCACCCUUCUCAUUGCUGCAUCAACACCGAACCAGAGGGAGACCCAGACCCAGCACCCGAGUGGAACAAGUGUGCUUCAGACAUCAACUCCCAGCGUGGACAAGAGCCCAGCGGCAGAUCCCGCUAAAGUCACCACACCCAGUGAGAGGCCAGCCCCGGCCGACCGCGUCAGCCAGAACCCUGCCGAUUCAAAUGAAGAUGAUCCUUUCUACUAUGAUGUGUACACUCUCCGGAAAAGGGGGCUGUUAAUCGCAGCAGUGCUGUUCAUCACAGGCAUUGUCAUCUUCACCAGCGGCAAAUGUAGGCGGUUGCCCCAGUUAUGCCGGAGCAUUUGCAGAGACUACACAGUGGUCAGUGAAGCUCAGUCCCAGCCGGCAAGGGAAGACAUGGAUGGAGUCUGAGCUGGGCCAAAGGCCCAGCCGCAGCAAGUUGCCUGUUGUGUUUGUUAAUAGAGUAAAGCCUAUGUGUUCUUCCCCA